ACGAGAUGAAACUGAUGUCAUCGACCCUUUUCUGGCACGAGACCGGUGAUCAACUUCACAUCGAUCCGAGUCCGUUCCGCAGGCACUACUACGCUUGCUCUUCACCUGGCCACUCAAGGCGGCGUGCUAAUCUCGAACCAAGAAAAUGCAGACACAAAGCAACAGCUAUGGUCAACUAUUGCCUGAUCAGGUAGAUCGUAUAUCCAGUCUUUUUGAUGCCCACCUUGUUUUAUUGGCCGAUGUCCACGAACUGUACCGCGAUAGAGCAGUGCUAGAACGCGAGUACGCAGUCAAGUUGCAGCAGUUGGCGAAGAAAGCAAACGAAAGGAAGAACAAGAAUGCACUUUUACUAGUCGUCGGAGACAACCCCACCAAGGUUUGCACGGAAAGUAUGAAUCAACAGAAGCAGGUACUCAUCAAUGGUUCCGAUCACAGCACCCUGAAUCACGCAUACUCUGAAAUCUUAUCCUCCAUGUCAACUUCUGCUCAGGAUCACAUCAACUUAGCAGAAGCUUUGACAUCUCAAGUUACGGAACAUCUGAAGGCUAUUGAGCGUCGCAAGCGACGAUUACAAGAAAAAGGCAAGUCUGGUCAUGUUCACGAUCGACACGCGGAACGCUCAGCAAAACAAUAUGAUCAGCAAAGGCUUGACAUGCUCAAUAGUAAGAAUGCCUAUAUUAUCUCAGUUGCAACCGCCAACAGCGUGAAGAUGAAGUUCUAUACUGAGGACCUGCCAAGUCUUGAGGAUUUAUUCCAGGAGUUACAGACUCGUCUAGUGAUGGAUUUCGUUGCCGUUGUGACAGAGGCCCAGAGAAUCCAAUUGUCACACCAAGAUAUCUUGAAGGACCGUCUUGCGACAGUUAACGCCGCUUUGAUCGAAGUCCAACCCGGUAAGGACCAAGCACUUUUCGUAGACUGCAACAUCCGUCCGUUCAGCAUACCCGACGACUGGGUUUUUGAACCAUGCUCGAACCAUUACGAUACGGGAGAUAUUUGCAUUGAUCCGGCCCCAAAGGUAUUCUUACAAAAUAAACUCGCGCACGCGCGAGCUAAAUCGAGAGAACUUAAACCUGCGCUCGAACAAAAACGGACCGAGGUCGAGAAAUAUCGUGGCUUGGUGACAGCAUACGCCACUGACAAUAUACUCGGAGAUGUGGGUGGUGCCGUGAACAGCUACCUUGUCACUGCCCAUGAGGUCACUUCCCUCUCGACUUCAGCAUGUGUCUUGACCACAGAAGUAAAUACAAUCGCGGAUGUCCUGGGGGGCGAUGAGGGUGGUUCAAGCCCACACGUAUCGAUCUGGGGCCUAAGUAAGCAGGGAAAGACCUGUAAAGGUUGUGGCUUAUCUGUGCACUCUAAAUGCGAGUUAAAAGUGCCCGCGGAGUGCAGUAACGUUCACGGGGAUUACAAAGCCUCGGAAAGUUUGCAAUCUCUCUCUUCUGAGUUGUCUAGAUCGGGGAGUAGAUCAUCGGUAUCCACUAGCCCCAGAGAAUCUUCGAUACCGUCUACUUCUGUGGCACCAAAUAACUCACCACAUGUGGAAGAAAGCCAUCGAUUGGCUCGUGUUAUCUUCGAGUUCGCGGCCUCCUCGUCCUUCGAAUUGAAUGUGACAGAGGGUAGUGUUGUGCGUGUGCUAGAGGAAGACGAUGGUUCCGGAUGGGUAAAGGUGGCUGACUCCAGUGGUGAGAAAGGGCUGGUUCCUGCGACCUAUCUGGAACAUGCAGGCGGACUGCCGCUGGAAACAACUGCACCCUCCCAACAAAAUUCUCAGCAAGCGUCAGGCAUAUACGUACGGGCUCUCUACGACUAUCGAGCCCAAGAAUCAGAAGAGCUCACGAUACAUGAGGGGGACUUUGUUGAGUUAUCCUCUGGAGCAAGCGGAGGUCAGAAUUAUGCGGAGGGUUGGUGGGAAGGUAUUGGACCGUAUGGUCUUCAUUUCAGUGACGAUCAACUGAUUAUAAUUUUAGGGUUUUCCAGAGACCGGAAGAAGGGGAUAUUUCCCAGUAAUUAUAACCAGCUACACUACCUCGUUCAUUUAAGGUAUGGAGCGACACCGCACUUCUCCGUUCCAGUGGAGUGUUUGCACCUGAUCGUAAUUGCUAGCCCUGAGUCCAUUCUGGUUUCAUAG